CCAUAAAGCACUUUUUUCUUCAAAAAUUCCAGAUUUCUUCUGUAAUUUUUUCAAAAAAAAAAAUCAUAAUCCUCAAUCUGUAUUCUUGUGGUUUCGGCUUGAGAGUGGAUUGAUUCACUCUUGGGUUGAUCCACAGAAGCACAAUAUUCAUCAUGGGGAUAUUUAGCAGUACGAAGAGGAGAGGAAAAAAGAUGAUGACAUGUGUCUGUUGUGACAAGCCGCCGGACGAGAAUAAAAAGCAAACAAAGAAGAGGAAGACAAAGUGGUCAUGGAGGAUAAGGAAGGAAAGAAAGAAGAAAAAGAAUGGGCUUAAGUCCCUUGUUGGUAACAUUUCCUUCAGAUCCAACAGUGACAAGCAUAGGUCUGCAGCUAAUGAGAUUUUACGGGUUGGCAAUGAAAAUAUUGCAGCCCGGGUAUUCAAGUUCCAAGAAUUGGCAGCAGCUACCAAAAACUUCAGCACCUCAAACCUACUUGGUGAAGGUGGUUUUGGAAGAGUGUAUAAAGGAUGCCUUGAAGGCACGAAUGAAGUUGUAGCAGUUAAACAGCUCGAUAGGAAUGGAUUUCAGGGAAACAGAGAGUUCCUUGUUGAAGUACUAAUGCUCGGUCUCCUGCACCACCAGAAUCUUGUUAACUUGCUUGGAUACUGUGCAGAUGGUGACCAAAGGAUUCUAGUAUACGAAUACAUGCCACUGGGUUCAUUGGAAGAUCAUCUCUUAGAUCUAUCACCAAAUAAGAAGCCACUGGAUUGGUAUACAAGAAUGAAAAUAGCAGUUGGCGCAGCCAAAGGCCUCGAGUACUUGCAUGAUAUAGCCAACCCACCUGUGAUUUACCGUGAUUUAAAAGCAUCAAAUAUACUUCUUGAUGAAGAUUACAACCCGAAGUUAUCUGAUUUUGGCCUGGCCAAGCUUGGUCCAAUUGGAGAUAAGACCCAUGUUUCUACAAGAGUGAUGGGUACUUAUGGCUACUGUGCCCCAGAAUAUGCAUUGACAGGCCAGUUAACCAAAAUGUCAGAUGUAUAUAGUUUUGGGGUCGUGUUUUUGGAGCUCAUAACUGGAAGGAGAGCCAUAGACAUCAAAAAGCCAACAAAUGAGCAACAACUUGUUCAUUGGGCAGAGCCACUCUUGAGAGAUAAGAGGAAGUUUGUACAAAUUGCUGACCCGUUGCUUAAGGGGAAAUUUCCCAUAAAGAGUUUAUACCAAGCUCUUGCAGUUGCUGCUCUGUGUCUUCACAAAGAAGCAAGUUCUCGUCCGCUAAUCGGCGAUGUUGUAACUGCUCUCCAGUUUCUGAUUAAUCCAAGCAAUGAUACUGCAGAAGACUCUGAACAGUCGAUCCCUGAAAAAUCAUCUCCUUCUAAUUCAGAGAUAGAAAGAGAGAUUGUUGGGAAUGACAAUGUACUUAUAUGACAAAAAA